AAAUACAACAUCACAAGUAUGCAUGCACACCCAGAAUGGCACAAGAUGAUAAUAUGAUAUACAGGGAGAAUCGACAGCAGACCUUUGAAGAGCCAAUAGAACAAUCAUGGGGAGCUGUAGAUUGGAAACAAGAACAAAACGAGGCAUGGACUGACGAACUAGUCAAUUCCGGAUUCUAUUAUGCUCCUACAUUAAUGGACAAAUCACGAGUGGUAUGUGCUUACUGUAAUGGUGAAGAAAUACUAGAUGAGAUUGCAGAUCCGCUAGAUGUAUGCCAAGUGCAUGCCUCAAAAGGAGGCUGUUUAUGGUCGCUUGCGCGGGUAGCAAUGGUUGACAGUUUACGAUACAAGACCAAACGACUGAAUAAAUCGUAUUGGAAACGACAAAAACAUACGAUAUUGAAUGAUCCAUUGAGUGAAGAGGCUAUUGAUUUCAGAAAAGGGUUCUUCACCCAAACUUACCCCUUGGAUAUCGGGGAUCAGCGACCUAAUAGCAGAUCGCUUUCUGAGGCUGGGUUCAUAUAUUCUCCAAAUCAUGUCGGUGAUGAUCGAGUUGUCUGUAUAUAUUGUGGAUGUGCAUUGGAUUAUUGGGAGAGCGGGGAUGAUCCUGUUGAAGAACAUAAGAAGAAUGAAACGUCAUACUGCUACUUUUUAGAUACGCAUACCGAACAAAAUAAGAAGAGGAGGCGACGGAAGAAAGCCCCUGUUGUUGAGGAUAAUUCACAAAUAGAACUGAAAGAAGAAUCAGUAGAGCCGUCUAUUAAACAAAUAUCACCAGGAUAUAUAGAAAAGGAGGAAUUAGUGGAACUGAUUAAACAAAGUUCACCAAUUGUUAUAGAAGACGAGGAAGAACCACAAAAAACACCACCGAUUGAAGUUGACAAUUAUACCUUCGGAAAAGAAACAAAAUCUCCAUAUACAGAUCUAAACAACAGUUCAACAAUUUUGCAAAGUCAAGCCACCUAUAAGCUGAAAGCAGUCAAGAGAAGAUUUAAAGAACGAGAUCUUAAUGUCGAUGAUCUUUCUAGUGACGAUAUAGCGAAUGAUUUCAUCAUGGCUGCUAUUUUAUCUCAAGAUAAGGAACUUACACCAAAGAAGAAGAAAGCAAGGGAAGUUACUCCUCAAAGUAUAGAAGAUAUUUCGGAAGAAGAUCCUAUAAGUUCAUACAAUACGAACAAAGAUUUUCAAGAAGAUCCCACAAGCACAUUGAACACUGAUAACGAUUCUCAAGAAGAAGUGCCCAUAAGUACCAAUAUUACCAAAAAAGAAUCACAAGAAAAUGGUUCCGUUAGCAUCAAAAGUACACAGGAAAGUGGCAUCAGUGUGGAUCUGGAAAAUUCAGUCAAUUAUUCGCCCGUUGAGCUUGAAUUUGAUUCUGAAGAAAGUCAAGAGGCACAACCAGUAGACCUGGCUAGUGAAGAAGAAGAAGAAUCUCAAUCAGAAGAAUCUCAGGAUGAAUCUAGUCAAAGUGCAAGUGAAGACGAGGAUGAAAGUGUCGAAUCAUCUAUUAUUGAAACUCAAUCAGAUGACGAUUAUGUAGAAUCUGACGAUUCUGAAGUCAUUGAAAUCGAGGAAUCCACUCCUGAAAAGAAGUUGCACAAGAAAAAGAUCAUGGGAAUAUCACCUCGAAAGGAAGAUGAUCUUCUGGGUUCACGAACCAGGAGAAAGCGUUUACCUGAACCUGUAGAACCCGAGCCUAAAAUUCCAAAGAAACAACAGAAGUUAAACUUGAAGAAAUUACAGAGCGUGACUCGAAAUGACAUCGAUACAAGUUUCGAUAAUAUUGAUUAUGGGGAAGGCAAUGUUGAACAAUUGGAAAAGAUUAUAAUAACUUCCCAGAUUGAGCCUGAAAGAUCACCUUCUGACAAAGUACCUAGAGAGAAAGACAUACCCAUUCCUAAAAUAUCACCUAUUAAGUUUGCUGGUCAAAAGAGAACUACUAAACGGACUAGUAUUGUUAAAUCUCAACCUAGUAUAUUUGAUGUUUCAUUUGAAGCCCCCCCUAAAAGAUUGACAUUAGGUAGGAUAGAGACACCAGAAGAGAAAGACGAAAUGAUUCUUGACAAUCUUGAAGAUAAGGACCAAAAAGCUUUGCAGGAGACCAUUGAACAUAAACCAGAACCCGUGAUAGAAAAGCGAAGGACCAGGCAGCAAUCAAAAGCCCAGAAAAUAGUGAAUGACGAUAUGUCAGCUGGAAAAUCCAAAUCUAAUGAAAAAGAAAAGCCGAAAAGGUCUCAGAGGAAUAAUAAGAAGAAAGAGGAACCUAGAAACGAAUCAGCAGAAAUAGUGGAUGAAAAAAUAUCGAAUUCAGGCAAAUCCAUACUCAAUGGCAACGAGGGUGGUAAAAAAUCCAGACAGAAUAAGAAGCAAGAAGAAGCAUCUAACCAUUCAGUAAUAUUGAUGGAAGGAAAAGAUGAAAAUAGUUAUGAUAAUACACAACAAGUGAAGAAGAAAGUGAGACAAAGCAAGGUUGAAAAGGAUAUAGAACUGGAAGUCGAAGAAGAACAGGAACCAGACGAACAACCGGAGGAAGAACACCCCAAAGAAGAAGAAAUAGAGAAUAAUUCUAAAGACAAGGAAAUUGAAUCAGAACAGUUAGUACAGGUACGGAAUUCCUUACCUCUGCCCAAGAAAGAAGUUUUGGAACUUCAUAAACCAAGUAAUGGGAAGUUGGACCAUAGCAUUAAUUUACAGAGUCCAAAAUCUUCGGAUCAUGUAUCAGAUUCUGAACAAUUGGAUGAAGUCUCAAUCAAGGAGAAGUAUAUUGAUGCAUUUGAACCAGACCUUGAUGACUCCGAGAGUGACAACGAGCAAGACUAUGCUAAUUAUCUUCGAGAUAUCCAGGAAAUCAGUGAAGACAUUGACAAAUUGUAUGAUGCCGAUGGUAAGACUAUCAAUCUGAUUUCUUUUGUUCAACGUGAGGAAAAUGAUAAGAUGGAUAAAGAUCUAAGUAGUGAUGAGUCAGAGAAACUGGAAGAGCCGGAACAAGAAAACACCAGUCCAUCGUCCCCUAAGCCAUCUAAUGCUUUUGGCAAUAGAAAGAGUCUGAGCAUUAUACCAGUUGAUAAAGAAAUGCAGGUAUCAAGAGAAACCAGUAUAGUUGUGAAAGAAAUGUCAUCUCCCCAGGCUCACUCUACCCUUGCAAAAAUAGAGCCGAAUAAGGAGACUAUUGCAGACAAGGAAGAUAUACCAGAAGUUGAUCACGAGAAGAAUAGUGAAUUGGAAGACUCUAAGCCAGAGGUUGACCAGCCAACUAUAGAAAUUGAUCGUCCGAACAAUAGUGUAUCGCAAGACCCGAAGUCAGAAGAAGAUAUCCAAGAGAGACAGUCAAAUGUAGAGGUUGAUGAUAACGAAAAUAGUGUAUUAGAGAACCCCAAAGAAUUGCAUACCCAAGAGAGACAGCCGAAUGAAGGAAAGACCUCAAGGAAAGAAUUAAUUCUCCCUAAACUCCCGGGCAGUAAUGAGCCUAUCACUUCACCUUUGGCAAUGUGUUCAUCACCCAUGCUAGGGUCAAUACUGGCAACUAAGGACAAUGACCCACUUUCAGAAGCGUCAGAAACACAAGUUCAAAAACCUCUAAACGAUGGCAAUGCUCUUAACUUGCAAGCAAAUGGGCAUAAGAUGAAAUGGGAAGCUAAACCUAUCACCGAGAUGCUUGCAAAAAUGAGUUAUUUACAAAGCAGUGCUGAAGAAGUCAAGAAGCUUGCUAAUUCAAACUAUGGACUUCAUGACGAUGUCAAUGGGGAUUUGACUAGGUUCAUUAGUGAGAUGCCAGAGGAAGAAGAAGGUAUGACGAUUAAAGAAUGGAUAGAACAUUGCGCUAAAAAUUGCUAUGAUAUAGUAGUACAGAAUGGGGAUGAAACACGAGAAUUCUUGAAAGAAGAGUACCUUCGUGCAAUUGCUACCAUCGAGGAACUUCCUACUGAUGAUUAAGAGAGUAAUUACAUGUACAUUGGGCUAGAUAAUUAAUAGACCGUAAAUAAUGUGUGGUUGGAAAUUAUUAUUUAUUUAUUUAAUUUUUUUUUUUAUUUUUGUGUUUUGAGUUGCACUUGAGAUUUGCCAGUCAACGCAGUCACAGCAGAAAUAGAAAUACCCACUUUCUCAUAU